AUGUGGAAGAUCAUCGGUCUUCUAAUCGUAUCUUUAGCUCUUUCUCACGACGCUCUUAGUUACCAGCUUCACGACGUCAGCGAUGGUAAGACAGAGCAUGACGAGAUUUUCCAAUUGUUGGAUAUAAACUAUCAUCGACAAGGCCGGCAACCACAACAGCGCUCCGAGCAUCCGUUUAAAUGUGUAAAACCUGGCUUCUACCCCGAUCCGCGCGACUGCAGAUUGUAUUAUGAGUGCGUGAAAUUGGGACAUGAACGUAACAAUUUCAAGAGACUCGUUCACAAAUGUGAUUUCGGCAAAGUUUUCUCAUACAAAAGCGGCAAUACCUGUGUGCAACCUCGGCAAAGUGGGAGAGUGGAGUGCGGCAGCUAUUCGCAGCAAAUGCAGCGAGAACCAGGAGAAGAAUCUAACAAUCCGCAAUAUCCUAAGAAACAUAAACCAGAACACGGAAAUAAGGAAAAAAGCAGUAGCGAUAGUUGUAGUAGCAGUAGCAGUAGUAGUAGUAGCAGCGAAGAACAUCGUAUCAAAAGAUCAAAGCCGACAACGAAGAAGCAAAGCACCAAUGAAGUAGAAGGUACAACACGGGCAUUCACUACAGAUGGAGACUUUAUCCCGAUAAUACCAUCAUUACCUGAUGAAAAACAAUCGAUCGAAGAAAGUUCACAAAGCGAUAGUAGUUCUAGUGAAGGAUCAGAGAGUAGCGAAAGCAAAGAAAUCAAUGAGAAAAAACAAGAUCGUCCAAAAAAUAAGCAUUCCGGAAAUAAAGAAAACAACAAGAAUAAAUCAAAAAAUUCGCAUCAAUCUAAAGAACGCAAAAAGAAACACGGAAAUAAAGAAAAACACAAUAAAAAAGAUAGGCCAGAUAAAAAACACAAAGAUCGUAAAGACAAAUCAAAGAGCAGCAGCAGUAGCAGUAGUAGUAGUAGCAGCGAAGAACAUCGUACUAAAAGACCAAAGCGGACAACAAAAAAACAAAGCUCCAAUGAAGUAGAAGAUACGACACAGGCAUUCACUACAGACGGAGACUUCAUCCCGACAAUACCAUCAUUACCUGAUGAAAAACAAUCAAUCGAAGAAAGUUCACAAAGCGAUAGUAGUUCAGAAAGCGAUAGUAGUUCUAAUGAAGGAUCAGAGAGUAGCGAAAGCAAAGAAAUCAAUGGGAAAAAACCAGAUCGUCCAAAAAAGAAGCAUUCCGGAAGUAAGGAAAACAACAAGCAUAAACCUAAAAAUUCGCAUCAAUCUAAGGAACGCAAAAAGGGGCACGGAAGUAAAGAAAAACACAAUAAAAAAGAUAAGCAAGAUAAAGAACAUAAAAAUAAGUCGGAUAAAAAACACAAAAAUCGUAAAGACGAAUCAAAGAGCAGCAGCAGUAGCAGUAGUAGUAGUAGCAGCGAAGAACAUCGUACUAAAAGACCAAAGCGGACAACAAAAAAACAAAGCUCCAAUGAAGUAGAAGAUACGACACAGGCAUUCACUACAGACGGAGACUUCAUCCCGACAAUACCAUCAUUACCUGAUGAAAAACAAUCAAUCGAAGAAAGGUCACAAAGGGAUAGUAGUUCACAAAGCGAUAGUAGUUCUAGUGAAGGAUUAGGGAGUAGCGAAAGCAAGGAAAUGGACGGGAAAAAACCGAAAGAUAAAAAAGGUGACAAAAGUAAGGAGAAGCACAAUAAAAAAGAUAAACCAGAUAAAGAACACAAAGAUCAUAGCAAAAACUCAAAGAACAGUAGCAGUAGUAGCAGCAGCGAGGAGCAUUGGACUAAAAGACCAAAGCCAACAACGAAGAAAGACAGCAGCAAUGAAGUAGAAGAUACGACACAGGCAUUCACUACAGACGGAGACUUCAUCCCGACAAUACCAUCAUUGCCUGAUGAAAAACAAUCAAUCGAAGAAAGUUCACAAAGCGAUAGUAGUUCAGAAAGCGAUAGUAGUUCUAGUGAAGGAUCAGAGAGUAGCGAAAGCAAAGAAAUCAAUGGGAAAAAACCAGAUCGUCCAAAAAAGAAGCAUUCCGGAAGUAAGGAAAACAACAAGCAUAAACCUAAAAAUUCGCAUCAAUCUAAGGAACGCAAAAAGGAACACGAAAGUAAAGAAAAACAUAAUAAAAAAGAUAAGCAAGAUAAAGAACAUAAAAAUAAGUCAGAUAAAGAACACAAAAAUCGUAAAGACGAAUCAAAGAGCAGCAGCAGUAGUAGUAGUAGCAGCAGCGAAGAACAUCGUACCAAAAGACCAAAGCGGACGACGAAGAAACAAAGCAGCAAUGAAGUAGAGGCUACGACACAGGCAUUCGCUACAGACGGAGACUUCAUCCCGACAAUACCAUCAUUGUCUGAUGAAAAACGAUCAAUCGAUGAAAGUUCACAAAGCGAUAGUAGCUCACGAAGCGAUAGUAAUUCUAGUGAAGGAUCAGAGAGUAGCGAAAGCAAAGAAAUCAAUGGAAAAAAACCAAAUCUUCCAAAAAAGAAGCAUUCCGGAAGUAAUGAAAGCAACGAGCAUAAAUCUAAAAAUUCGCAUCAAUCUAAGGAACGCAAAAAGGGGCACGGAAGUAAAGAAAAACACAAUAAAAAAGAUAAGCCAGAUGAAAAACACAAAGAUAAGCCAGAUAAAAAAAACAAAGAUAAGCCAGAUAAAAAACAUAAAGAUCGUAAAGACGACUCAAAGAGCAGUAGCAGCAGCAGUAGUAGUAGCAGCAGCGAAGAACAUCAUACCAAAAGACCAAAGCCAACAACGAAGAAACAAAGCAGCAAUGAAGUAGAAGGUACGACACAGGCAUUCACUACAGACGGAGACUUCAUCCCGACAAUACCAUCAUUACCUGAUGAAAAACAAUCAAUCGAAGAAAGGUCACAAAGGGAUAGUAGUUCACAAAGCGAUAGUAGUUCUAGUGAAGGAUCAGGGAGUAGCGAAAGCAAGGAAAUGGACGGGAAAAAACCGAAAGAUAAAAAAGGUGACAAAAGUAAGGAGAAGCACAAUAAAAAAGAUAAACCAGAUAAAGAACACAAAGAUCAUAGCAAAAACUCAAAGAACAGUAGCAGUAGUAGCAGCAGCGAGGAGCAUCGGACUAAAAGACCAAAGCCAACAACGAAGAAAGACAACAGCAAUGAAGUAGAAGGUACGACAUCGGCAAUUACUACAGAAAAAGACUUUGUUCCGACAACACCCACAAUACCCAAUGAGACACUCACUACUACAGAAAAACCAAAAGGCGGAGAAAGUGAUGAAUCUGAAAGUACUAAUCCACAAGCUUCCAAGGAAGAAAUUCAAAACGAUGAAAAUGGCCAUUCUGAGGUGACUACGCCGCAUAUGCCAACCACAGAACACUCUGAAAACGAAGAAAAGGUUGAAACAACAAAAUGCACCUCACCUGGUUUCUUUCCAGAUCUAAAUGAUUGCAUGAAAUAUUAUAGAUGCGUUGAUAUGGGGAACAAUAGAUAUCAAAAAUAUGAAUUUGUAUGUCCGCCUGGUACUCUGUGGGAUCAAGAUAUGCUAACGUGUAAUUAUUUGACACAUAUCAAACGGUUAUCAUGCAAAAAUCAGGACACAAAUCCUUCAGAACAAAGUACUGUAACCAAAAAUCAAGAAGAUACAACUAUUCCGUACAAUCCCACUCAAGGAGGUGAAAGUAAAGAAACUGGUGAUUCCAAAAUAACUACACCUCAUAUUUCCAAGGAAGGAAGUGAUAGCAAUGAGAAUGGACAAUCUGAAAAGAUUACGCCGAAGGUACCAUCCGAAGGAAAUAGCGAAGAACAUGGAGAGAUUGAAACUACAUCAACAGAUAGUUCACAGAAUGAAAAUCAAAGUCGCGAAAGGAGCGAAGCGGAAGGAAGCACGCCGUUAGCGCCAUCCAAGGAGAUUACUGACAGCAAUGAAAGCUCUGAGAUUAAAAUAACAACUCCGCAUGUUUCCAAACAAGAAGUUGGUAGCAAAGAAAUCGAAGAUUCUAAAAAAACAACGCCGCAGGUACUACCCAAGGAAAGUUCUGAAAGUAAGGAAAGUUCCGAGACUGAAAUCACCACACUACGUAAUUCCAACGAAGAAAGUCGAGAGAAGAAUCCCGAAAGGGGUGAGUCGCAAGUGACAACAACGCAAGUACCAACUAAACCCACUGAUGAAAGCAGAAUAAUAAUGGACAGUCAAGCCAAAUGUAGUUCUGAAGGAUAUUUCCCAGAUAAUAAAAAUUGCAAGAAAUAUUAUAAGUGCGAGAAAGUAGGAUCGCAAUCAUUCAAAAAACAUACAUUAAUAUGUCCUAAGGGAACACUUUGGGAUCUAGACGUAUCAAUGUGCAAUCCUGCCGAAUCUGUAAAACGGUCAUGCAAAAAUAAGGAAAUUGAUAAUUCCAAAGAAUCCAAAGAAAUCGGUGACAAGGAAAAGAAAACUACCCCACAUGAAUCUAAUCAAGAAAAUGGAGAAUCAAAAGUGACUACGCCGCAAGUACCAACUAAAGGAAGCUCUGAAAACAAAGGAAGUUCCGAGACUGAAAUCACAACACCAAGUAAUGCAACGGAAGAAGGUCAAAACCGCGAAAAAGGCGAAUCGCAAGAGAGCACGCCACAAGUGCCAUCCAGGGAGAGCAUCGAGAGCAACGAAAGCUCUGAGUCUGAAAUAAAAACUCCGCAUGCUUCGAAGGAAGAAGGAGGUAAUCAAGAAAGUGGGGAAUCUGGAAAAACUACGCCAAAGGUACCACAUAAAGGAAGCUCUGAAAACAACGGAAGUUCCGAGACUAAAACCACAACACCAAGUAAUGCAACGGAAGAAGGUCAAAACCGCGAAAGUAGCGAAUCGCAAGGCAGCACACCACAAGUGCCAUCCAGGGAGAGCAUCGAGAGCAACGAAAGCUCUGACUCUGAAAUAACAAUUCCGCAUGCUUCGAACGAAGAAGGUGGUAAGAAAGAAAGUAAGGAAUCUGGAAAAACUACGCCAAAGGUACCACCUAAAGAAAGCUCUGAAAACAAAGGAAGUUCCGAAACUGAAACUACAACACCAAAUAAUGCAACGGAAGAAGGCCAAAACCGCGAAAGUGGCGAAUCGCAAGCCAGCACACCACAAGUGCCAUCCAGGGAGAGCAUCGAGAGCAACGAAAGCUCUGAGUCAGAAAUAAAACCUCCGCAUGCUUCGGACGAAGAAGCUGGUAACAAAGAAAGUGAAGAAUCUGGAAAAACUACGCCAAAAGUACCACCUAAAGGAAGCUAUGAAAACAAGGGAAGUUCCGAGAAUGAAAUCACAACACCAAGUAAUUCAACGGAAGAAGGUCAAAACCACGAAAGUAACGAAUCGCAAGCGAGCACCCCACAAGUGCCAUCCAGGGAGAGCAUCGAGAGCAACGAAAGCUCUGAGUCUGAAAUAACAAUUCCGCAUGCUUCGAACGAAGAAGGUGGUAAGAAAGAAAGUGAGGAAUCUGGAAAAACUACGCCAAAAAUACCACCUAAAGAAAGCUCUGAAAACAAGGGAAGUUCCGAGAUUGAAAUAACAACACCAAGUAAUUCAACAGAAGAAGGUCAAAACCACGAAAGUAACGAAUCGCAAGGGAGCACCCCACAAGUGCCAUCCAGGGAGA